GCGACUCCACGCGUCAAAAUAAUCAGACAAUCAGCUGCACGGGUAAUAACAAAGUUUAUAGAUAAAUAUCCUAAUGAGGCGGUGUGAGCUGAUCACUUAAAUGAUAUGCUUUGACCGAGUGAGACACUGAAUUUGAAAAGUUGUGGCAUGUCUGUGCGCUGCUGAGAAUAACAGUCCACAGUGUUGUUUUGUGCUUUGUAUUUAUUGUGCAUGCUCUUAUUGAACUGGACGCAACAGCGGAGCCUUAUGACAUUACGCACAGACCGGGAGCGGGGCUGCUAAUGGGCGGCAUAGGUGGCAACCUUUACCUCAGUAUGUUGAAUGGGACUGAAACGCAAACUUUCGGAAAGAGCACGGACAUCAGCAGUCACCUCCACCGCGGCGGCAAGGAUCUAGCAGAGUUUAAAAUGGGGAUCCAGGACGCCAGGUUUUACUACCCAGACUCUGUUCAGAGCGGGCAGGACGCCCUGGCUCUGCCGUACCACUCGGAGCAGGCGGUGGGAGGGUACGGAGCGCAGCCGGGCAGGUUUUACGCACAGACCCUCGGUAGUUGUCCGUACGGCGGGGUGCGCUCGCCGCCAAGAAGCGGAGCCGUGCAGGGGUACAUCUCCGUGGCGGGAGACGGGUUUUCUACAGCCGGUAAAGACUUGUACUCUCCUUCCCCGGAGAACUACACGGCCAGCUUUCAGCACGGCUACCAGCGGCCGCCUCUCUACCCUUUACCUGGGCUACAGGUGUGCGGGAAGACCCAGGCUCUGCUCAAUAACUACCCGCUAUGGGCCAAGUUCCACAAGUUCCAAACCGAGAUGAUAAUCACCAAACAGGGGAGGAGGAUGUUCCCCUUCCUAAGCUUCAACAUCAGUGUUCUAGACCCGUCUGCUCACUAUAACGUCUCCGUGGACGUGGUUCUGGCGGAUCAGCACCACUGGAGGUACCAGGGCGGCAAGUGGGUCCAGUGUGGCAAAGCGGAGGGCAACAUGCCAGGAAACCGGAUGUACACGCACCCUGACUCUCCCAACACAGGAGCUCACUGGAUGAGACAGGAAGUGUCCUUCAGCAAACUCAAGCUCACCAACAACAAGGGCAGCACCAAUAAUGUUGGACAGAUGAUCGUGCUCCAGUCGCUCCAUAAGUACCAGCCUCGCCUUCACAUCGUGGAGGUGAAGGAGGACGGCUCUGAAGACCCCUUCCUUUCAUCCAAAGCUCAGACCUUCAUCUUCCCCGAGAAUCAGUUCAUCGCUGUCACCGCUUAUCAAAAUGCAGAUAUCACUCAGCUGAAAAUAGACCAUAACCCCUUCGCUAAAGGUUUCCGCGACAAUUACGACACGCUGUAUGCUCCUCCCGACUCUGAUCGCCUCACCCCCUCCCCUACUGAGAGCCAGCAGCUGCUGCCAGGGAGCUGCUACCCCCAAGGCUACCUCUCUGAGCAGUACAUAAGCCCACUUCCUCAGAGCCGCUUCUACGGCCGCGAGCCCCUCGGUAUGGGCCAGCAGCACAAAGACCCGUCCUCCAGCCCGGGUCCUCACAGCCGCUGGUACCUGCCGCCUCAGCAGGGUGUGGCCACCAAUCGUCUCGACUUCACUUCCUCCUACGAGGGGGACUUCUCUGGAAACGGGUUCUACAAACCCUUCCCCUUGCAGACUUCCGCUCACCAUGCCCUCAGCUACUACCCAGACCUCCCUUUUGCGUCUACGAGCGUGUCUGUAUCAGGAGCCACUCCGGCGGGCUGGACCACCAGCCGGCCCACCCCUCAGUACCUCAGCCAUCAGAGUAAGCCCGGCCCCAGCCUGGGCUGGUUCAGACCCAUAUCGUCCUCAUCAUCCUCCUCAUCUUCUUCUACGUCGCCUGGCAACCCCAGACUGCACCCGCCCUCGCUCCUGGAGUCUCUGCAGCCAGCCCUGCUGCAGGACAAGCCCAAAGACACUGUGGAGGUGGUGUCCGAGGACCCCUGGCUGGAGCCGCCCUCUGGGAAAUCAGCGGCCUCGGCCGACUCGGGCCUUUAUGAGGGCGGCGUGGGCGACAACAAGAAGAGAAGGGUGUCACCGUACACUUCCAGCACUGAAAACUCCCCACCUCCGCGCAGUGGGGAGGUCUGCGAGAAGGACAGCAACAGUGAUGCAGACUACUAUGGCUACUACACUCACUGAAGACCUCCCAGGGCUGCCCACACCGCCCUCAUGAACAUGCACUGGUCUGAUGAAGGGCUGGAACAGACAAACACCAGAGUCCCCCCUCAAAAGUGUCAGAUGAUAACAAGAAAAACUUUCAAGGUUGCUGUCAAAUUGAACAGAAGUGGAUGUGACUGGGAAACUAGCCUUGAGUCACAUAAACACCAUACAGACAAACAGACCUGUGACUUAAGCCUUUGAAACAUCUAUAGAUUUUGGGGCGGAAAAUGAUCUGCAUAUCUACUUGUUGACAGUCGCCUGCAGGUAUUGUCUGUUCUUUCUGCAUCAAACACUCUCUCGGUCUCUUCUGCUUCGUCUUGUCUCUUCCUUUUUCUCACCCUCAACCUUUCACACAUACUCUCACAAUAUGCUCACGGUCAUUUCCCCUGAUGAUUCUGAGCAGAAAAUACAUUUCACUCACAGCCUUCUCUGCAAAUCAAUUUGUUUAGUGCAGCGCCCACCAGUGUCCACAGAGAAGAACUGCAGGAUGACAGUGCAGAGGUAAAGAGAACAAUGUCAAGAGGUUAAGAAGGUUUAGCUAGCACAUAUCCUGAAGCCUAAUCUAUGUCAACCCCGCUGAGGUGUGUGUGUGUGUGUGUGUGGGGGUGGGUGUGUGUGUGUUAAAGCUAAGUAAAUCAGCGACCACAGCGGAAAUAGCAAGUCCUUUCUGUCCAUUCUGAUUCUGAUUCUUUUAACUGAACACAAUCAGUUAAACUUAAUUACCAAAAACUAUUUUGAUAUUGAAUUAUUUAAGAGAAUAGACAUUCUUUAAUAUGUCACCUGCUUUAAAAGUUAACAGCCUGUUAAAUGGGUGGUAACAUUGGUAUAACUUUGAACUGAAUUUCUUCAGAUUUUUGCCAAAAAGAUAAAUUUAAAGACGACACCCUGGGCAGGAGGAAACUUAAUAGAAUUUCACAAGUUUUAAGAUUUGUUAAUCAUUGAAUCAAGCAUGGAAAAGUUACUUGUUGUUUCUGAAGCAUUCAAGCAUAUCAUAGCUAAUGCUUCGAUCAAGUGAAAAAAGGCCUCAAAUAACAAAGGCCUAGCCUCUUACUGUUGUGAAUGAAUCUGGGAAUGCUCUUGUCACCACACACACACACACACACACACACAAAUAAAGACCGCAAUCAAUACUAGCAUUGAUGACGACAUAAUUGGAAAACAGUAUUGGCAGACAGAAGUGUGACAGCUUAAAACACACAUAAACUGCACGCACUGUAGAUGAAUAUAGCCACAGUGUUAUCUCAGCCAGGCCUGAGCCUAGUAAUAAUGUGUUCAGUUGUGUGCGUUCAUAUAUCUGUCUAAGGCUGAUCUCUCACACAUGUCUGUAUGCUCAAAGACAUCCCAUCGUUCCUUUGAUUAAUAUACUGUAUUUUGAAAUACCUAUUAUAUUACGUAAAUGACUUGCGGACCCCUCAUGCAAGUGAACAACAUCCUCUCCAGUUUUGAAAGGCAUUUCCGGCUAGCGGAUAGGCUAAAAACAAUUUUUACCUAGUUGGUUUCAGGCCACAUUUGUUCCAUUGCUGUAGUUGAAAAACUGAAAGGUUAGUUUCAUUUUUUAACCAAAGCAUCUGUUGAUCGAUUCCAUAACCAAAAUGUUAUGAGUAAUUAAAGUUAGGCAGAAUCCUUAUUAGUUCAUCCAGUUUUUAUCAUCGUAGACGCCAUCUUGACUAUAAAGGAGCUGGGACGGACAAUUGAGUGAGAUUGAACUCGGGAUUAGGAGACAAACCUAGCAGAGAUCUUUAGUCACUUUUUUACGUCCGGUUAAAUUUAUUUACAACAUCUUAAUCUUCUUUGCUGUAGUGCUGCAAGUCUUCCCAAACCCUUUCUGUACAGUAGUAGCAGAGCAACAGAGCUGCUGACAAGUGAAAAGUGGGUCAUUCAGAAUGACUACAUGCACCUGUAGGUAAAAGACGAGGCACUGUCACCCUAAAACCCACGAUAAACAGGAAGCACAAAGUGACCAGACAGGCACUCUGCAUUUCCCCCCUAGUCUUCGGGCUCAUCAUGUCGUGACACUGGCUGACAAGAGUCCCGGCUCCCAGCCUGGUGACAGAAAUGAAGAGUGAGGCUGCAGUCGGCGCUGAUCAGAGAUCUGCUCCUCAUUCCUCACCAGGUGUGCUUGGCCUCAGACAACACUGGAGGCGACAGGCAGGCACUCGCUCGGUGCAGUUCAGGGUUACUUUAGUCUUUUCUGAGGGAGAAAUAAAAUUUAAAAUAAAAUCUGCAAGCUUAAAAUACCUAAAAGCCGAAAACUCCCGUAAUCUGUUAAUGGCGUAGUAUUGCAGUGUGUAUUACUGAGUUGAAUAUGGUUUUUAAAUUACAGUUCUAGGUUAUCAACAAUGGUUUAUCCCAGGUCAAAUGUUUAAUAUAUGUUUCCCGGUGCCACUAUGUUGAAAUCACUCACCUAUUGCCUACUGAUGCUAAACUCCUCAAUGCGUCAUCAAGUUUUCCUAAAUUUCGACAUUAAUAUCCGCUCAGAGGCUUAAAUUAUUUGUGUACCAUUCAUCUGCAUGUGAAAUAUACAUCCCCCUUCAAUUGUUUGAAGUAUGAAGUGUGGAGAUAGCCAAUGUAGCUUCAUCUACAAUAUUGAAAUCAACCAGACAACAAAACAUAAUACUACCUAAAGAGUUGCUUAAGAUGUUAGCAUGAUGCUACUCACAUAUGCUAACAAAAAGAGCUUGAGCUAGGAUCGUUGUUUAUCUUGUCAUACACAGAGGGAAACAGCUAGCCUAACUCAUCAACUCCUGAAAACAAGCUUUAAGCACACAGUGUCGUUUUUGAGACUCUUAAACAAACAGUACCAAACAUUUAUUUGUGAGCCGUGGGUUGGUAAAGUUUUUUUCAGCAGGGCUAGCUUUUUUCCCCUGCUUUAUGCUAAGCUAAGCUAACUGCCUCCUGGUUUACUACAGAUUUAAGAAUGUUUAUAAUCUUCUAAUUUCUCAGUCAUAAAAAUAGUAAGGUUAUUUGACUUAAUGUGGAGCUAUUCCUUCAAAGCCUUCAUGUUUGACGAAUAAAAAAUGUCUUCAGUCAAUUUAGAGGCCUUGGGGACGAAGGGGAGUUCAAUUUGUACAUUUGGAACUUGCAUACAAUAUUAUUAAACAUAAUAUAUUUACACUUCACGGGACAAAAGUUAAACUAAUCAAUGAGUUCUUCUGACAGGGAAAUUAUAUGUCAAAUUAAAUGUAGAUCUUAAUGUAGGUAAAUCUGCCGAAACAUUAAUGAUUUUAAAUUGUCUUAUUAUUUUUGGAUAAUCUGAAUAAUUACACAAUUUUACCAACAUUGUAUUUAGUGUCUGGUCACUAUUUGAAGGCAGCCCUUUUGGAUUGGACUCCUACUGACUUCAGUAUUUCUAUAUUUUUUUUAAAUCCUGUGCCCCUGUUUUAAGGUUUCACAUUCAAGCUCUUUUCUUAGCUUUGCUGGUUUUACAUUAACAUUAUAUAAAUACUGGGACUGCAGCACUUGGCAAAAUGAUCCGAACACAAUUUUGAUGCAAAAAGGACAAACUGUCUGGCAGUUUAGCCCUUAACCUGAACAUUUAAAUAACAAAGUUAAAUGGCAAUGAUUUUACCAUUGCUGAUUUUAUGCUGAAAACAGAAUAUAUUGUAUGUUGCUUGUGUAUCGUUUCCAAAAGAUUUACUAUUUAAUGUUUAUGUUGACGUCAAACAGAGGAAAAGGUGACGACUCUUGAUGUACUUUAUGAAGGUAAACCUAUCGACAAUUCUUGUUUCAAGUGCAAUUAAUAGAAAGUAAAUUAGUUUAGACUUAAUGAUGGCAUUGCAGAAACAUUCAUGUGAUCUCUGGCCUGUGGACGAUGUCAGUUAUUUAUUUUUACGUGCUGUGGUUGGUUGUGUGGUUUUAACUCCUGCACCUACAUGACUGCAAGAUCUCACAUCAAACAGCAGAAAAAUGCUUUCAGAAGCCUCAGGAACGACCCCUGCUGGAUAUAUCAGCUUUUACAAUCAGCUAUCCCUGAUGUUUAACCCUAAAUACCACCAUUUUCCCAUGAGUCUUUGUUUCCCUCAAACACAUUUCCCUCAGUAAGAGAAAAAGACGGUGUGGGAACUGUAUUUCCAGAGAUUUUACUGUAUAAAAUAGAAAUAGAGGAGUGAAGAAGGGAGACCAGACGAGGUCAAGCAACAAGCAUGUUAUUUUAUUUGUGUGUGAUCCAUGUGCACUGUUCAUGUUGAGGGAGCAAUAAUCCUCCUUCGACUCUUUCAUUGAGCGCUUAUACAUUGCAAAAAUAAGAGAGGAAGAUUCCUGAAUAAGGGAAAAUUGUUAUUUAUUGAAAGGUGGCAUAAUUGUUUAUUGUAUUGUUUUUUUAUUCAUGAAAUUAAAGCUUACACAUGACAAAUCUC